AAAGUAUGUGGCGAGUAUAUACGGUACUUCUAAAUCAGAAAGACAACAAGAAAGUGGUACUGAAAGAUUUGCUCAAAGACCAGCCAUUGUAAGUGAGAGAGAGUUCCCUACUGGUAGUCCUUGAGCUAGGACAUACAUCAGCAAUCUAGCCUGUGCCCUUGUCCUAGCAGUGAAGAGAAAAAUACUUGGCAGUUCCGUGUUAUUCCGGCAGAAACUCGGGCAGAAAGGAAGAGGGAGUGUGAAGAAGACUCACAGAUAGGAAACUCGAGGAGACCGUAGCUACUGGAAAGGCAGGUCCAAUGAUGCCUGUUAAUCAUCAAUCUGGUGCUGAUGUUGAGCUCAAGGUGGAUUACAUGGUGAAGAGAUCACAGGGGAAAUCAGCACUGGGAGCAACAAACUUUAAGAAGAGAGUUUUUGUACUGACAAAUAAUAAGCUAUCAUACUAUGAUGGAAACCUUGAGAAAAGAGGUGGUCUAAAAGGACAAGUUGAUCUCAACAGCGUCAAAGUCAUAGAGAAAGUCUCAGACUCGGCCUUUGACAAGCCGUCAUUCCAGGUAGUCCAUGGUGACCUCACCCUGUAUGUCAUUGCUGAUGAUGAAGCACAGAGACACGACUGGCUAGAGCUACUAAGACAAUAUUGUAGAAGUAAUGGAAAGCUACAAGAUUUCUAUCACCCAGGUCUCUUUGUUAAUAGCAAGUGGUCCUGUUGCGAUCAUAAGAGCAAGCACUCCACUGGUUGCUCCCCUGCCUUCAUCAAGGAUGAGCAUCAGUUCUCUCAAGGAGCUGCUUCAUUUGGUUCCAGCCCCACUAGAGGGUCUGGUAACAUUCAACACAAAGCACUGCCCCCCAUACCCCCUGAUGCUGGUGGGUUUAACGGAAGUGGCCCUGGAUAUGGUGGACAGGGGUACGGCGGUCAAGGGUAUGGCGGACAAGGGUAUGGCGGACAGGGGUACGGUGGACAAGGGUAUGGUGGACAGGGGUAUGGCGGAGGAGGUCAUAAUGUACAUGGUCCUGGUCCGAUGGCGAGUGGCCCAGUUUAUCCGGCCAGCAGUGGAGGGGGUGGGGGAAUCUAUCCCCACCAGCCAAUGGCUCAUGCUAAUUCUGGUCAUGUGGUUGUGUCUAAUACUCACAUUCAGAGUGGGGGACAUCGAACUGCUCCUUAUCAGGAUCAUAAUCUCGCCCCUCCACCCCCAGUAUCUAAAACCAGACCAAGCAGUACAAAGCCAAGCUUCGAAGUGAUGGCAAUGUAUGACUAUCCUGGUAUAGAGAAAGGUGACCUUCCAUUGUGUAAAGGACAGAAAGUUGUCAUAUUUGAUAAUUCCAGAGAUCAUUGGUGGAGAGCUAGAGAUGACAGAGGAAAUGAAGGGUUUGUUCCUAGUAAUUAUGUUAAGAAGGUUGGAUUAGAGAGUGAAGAUUGGUUCUUCCCUACAUUAUCACGUGCCAGAGCUGAGAAUAUACUCAAGCAAGAGAAUAAAGAGGGAGCUUUUGUUGUUAGAAAUUCCAGUCGAGAUAACAUGUAUACCCUAUCGAUAUGUCAUGAAGGUCAAGUCAGACAUUAUCACAUUAAAGAUGACGAGGAGAAGAAAUACUUUAUAUCAGAGAAACAUCGUUUCCCAACAAUUACAGAACUUAUCGAAUAUCACAAACUAAAUGGAGGAGGUUUAGUUACUAGAUUGAGACGGCCUCCUACUCAGUUAGUGCCUAAUCAACCAGUCCUCUCAUCUGCUUUUGACACUAAGUGGCAAAUUGAUAAAUCUGAGCUGUCAUUAGGUAAAGAGCUAGGCAGUGGACAGUUUGGAAGGGUAGUAGCAGGUCAAUGGCGUAAUAAAGUUGAUGUUGCUAUUAAGAUGAUGAAGGAAGGUGCAAUGAAUGAAGAUGACUUCAUUGAAGAGGCAAAAGUGAUGCAGAAAUUCCAGCAUGAUAAUUUAGUAAAGUUAUAUGGAGUGUGCAUCAAACAAGGAGCAGUGUAUAUCAUCACUGAACUAAUGGUUAAUGGCUGUCUGCUCCAGUAUCUUCGUAAUAAUAAACAUUUAGUAGAAAAGACAGACAUUAUACUUGACAUGGCUAUACAGAUUUGUGCUGCUAUGAAGUUUUUAGAACAGUCUGGCUUCAUACACAGAGAUUUGGCUGCUAGGAAUUGUCUGGUUGGUGACAGGAAUAUUGUUAAAGUCGGUGACUUUGGUUUAGCAAGGUUUGUGACUGAUGAUGAGUACACAGCCUCUGAGGGUACCAAGUUCCCCAUCAAAUGGGCAGCUCCUGAAGUCAUCACUCAUGCUAGAUUUAGCAGCAAAUCAGACGUUUGGUCUUACGGUAUUUUGUUGUGGGAGUUGUGGAGUGGUGGUAAAACUCCUUACCCAGCCUUUACUAAUCCUCAAGUAUUAGAUGAAGUUUUAAGAGGAUAUCGAUUAGAAAACCCUAAAUUAUGUCCUCCUGAAGUUUAUGAUUUAAUGAAAAAGAGUUGGCAGGCGAAUCCUGAAGAUCGGCCAUCAUUUGCUGUCCUCUCUGAUUCUCUCAAAGCCAUGGUAGGAGAUGACUAUAGUGAUGCAGUGGACUAAUCGUUCGCCUCAGAAUAAAUUAAUUUUUAUUUUAUGUGUAUUCUGUCUUUUCUUCUCUCUUGUCUCCUUCAUUAUGAAGUAUUGUAGUGUCUUGCAUUUAUGUUGUCUCCUUGUGUAUGAUAAUGUGUUGUCACUGUAUUAUGUACCUGUGUGUAUGUAUCAUGUGUAGCCUAUUUUAUGUGAAGCCAUUGUAAGAAGCUUUUUAACGUUUUUUUUUGUUGUGACCGACUGACUGACUGGGAAAUCAAUUUUUAGUUUGUUUCUCUUUUGUUUUUAGACACAUUUUUUCAUAUAAUUUUUUUUGUUGUGUUAUUUUUGGUUAUUUUUAAUAAUUAUAUAGUAUUUUUAAGGCAAAAAAGUUGAAAUUAAGA